AUGUUGUUAAUUAUAGAGAAGCCGUCCAAUCUCUUGCUCUUGGUUUUUCUAGUAGCACACUUAUGCACUAUCCAAUUGGUACGAUCUUCGAGCAACUUUACUGAUCGAUUUGCUCUCAUUGCCUUUAAAUCUCAACUAAGUUCCAGUGCCAAUGAAACUGUCUUGGCUCGUAACUGGUCCACUGCAACAAACUUCUGCAAUUGGAUUGGAGUCUCAUGCAGUCGACGCAGGCAAAGAGUCACAGCUUUAGAUCUUUCGAAAAUGGGUCUCCAAGGCACACUGUCUCCUCAAAUUGGAAACCUCUCUUUCAUAGUCACACUUCGCCUCCAUAACAACAGCUUUUUUGGUUUUCUACCCAGUGAGAUCAGUCGUCUGCAUCGCUUGAAAAUACUUUGGUUGGAUUUCAACAAAUUUGAAGGAAGCAUCCCCCCGAGUUUACAUCAAUGUCACAAGCUUUCAUAUUUAUCUCUUGGGGGAAACAUGUUAAGUGGUGCAAUUCCAUCUUCUGUCGGCAAUCUAUCGGCGUUAGAGAUUUUAGAUUUGCAAUAUAACAACCUUGUUGGACCCUUACCUUCUGUCAUCUUUAACAUAUCUCCUCUAUCCAUGAUUGCUAUUACAAAAAAUCAGAUCUCAGGAACUCUUCCAACGGAUCUCUGCAGUCGCUGUCCUAAUCUUCAAAGACUUCAUCUUCCCUUCAAUGAAUUCAGUGGUCGGCUCCCCACACAAAUGAAUCACUGUGGAGAGAUCGUAAAGUUAUCUCUAUCAUACAAUAAAUUUGAAGGGAGACUUCCAAAAGGUUUUCAGAGUUUAAAAAGGCUUGAACGGCUAUAUCUUGGAGGCAACAACUUAACUGGUAGUAUACCUUCUUUUAUAGGUAACUUGUCGAGCUUGCAAGUGCUGGGAAUGGAGACAAACAACUUUUAUGGAAGUAUUCCGAGUGAUAUAUGGCAUCUUCCAAAUUUGCAUGCAUUAAAUUUAGAAAACAAUUAUCUUACAGGGGCAUUAUCACAAGCAAUUUUCAACAGCUCAUCUCUACAAAUUAUUUUCAUGGAUUCCAAUUUCUUGUCUGGAAAUAUUCCGAUAGAUGUCUGGCAACGCUGCUCUAAUCUUGAAAAUCUGGUUUUACAUCACAAUAACCUUAGUGGUCGUAUCCCAUCAUAUCUUUCAAAUUGUUCCAGACUAUCACUAAUCGAUUUUGAUUUGAACUUACUGUCUGGACCAAUACCCGGAAGUCUUGGAAACUUAAAAUACCUCCAAAAGCUAGCUUUGGAUCAUAAUCAACUGAUAGGAGAGCAUGGAGAUCAAGACCCAAAUUUCAUUUCAUCCUUAACUAAUUGUCGAGUUUUGGAAAGUCUCAAUUCUAGAAGGAAAUCCCCUGACUAUUAA